UCUCUCGCACAGAUCAAUAUCUCUCCUAUGCUUUGGGCAUCUGCAUACUGUAAUUACAACUGCGUAUCCUACUAGUUUGUUGUAAUAGCGGUUUGUGCAUACUGUACAUGUCUUAGAAAUAUUCAAGCACAGUAACUGACGUACGUAGCUAGUCUAGACCAUACCUACUGUCGACAUCCAUGUUUGUGUGACUGGUUAAAUUCCUGUAGCGCAGAACCCUUGGUAUCUCUGGAAGCAGUUGGUAAAGAGUAUUUGCACUUACAUGUUGCAAUACUUCUGUGAGGAAGUCUUGUAUGUGUCCCCUUCUUGAGAUUGCGGCAUAAAGAGGCAGUCACAACAACUGGGGCACUGGGGCCCCAUGUGCCAGUCAGUUCUGAGGGCUUUUGUUUGACUGGAGCUGCAAUGUAGGGCAAAGCUCUGCCAUGAUAGGAAUACGUGUGCGUGGUAGAAUAUGUGUGCGUGGUAGAACUCAGAUCUAACUCUGUUAUGCUGGUUGUACUGCGAGGUAUACGGGACUUGUUCGAACAUAAAAUUCUAUAGUUGUUUGGUAGACUGACUACGAGUAUCCUCAGCAUAGAGAUCGUAUGGUACCUUGUAAUCAUUUAAGGAACCAAAUUUUCCUGUUUAGCAGUAUCUUAAUUACUACUGGCUUGUUACGCAAUCUAGAGAUGGAAUUCCACUGUCAAAACUAGGGUAUUCCCCUUUGCCAGUGGAUAUAAGUUUCCUUUUCCAGAUGCAUGUAGGAUCUAGUCUGGCGUACCCAGCCACUCCCCUUUUAUUGAGUAAAGUCACACCCUCUAGUUUUAUAUGCGCAGGAUACGCUGGAUCUUCAUUUCCCGAGCAAAUCUAAACAUUCUGUAAAGAAUUGGAGAUAGAAUCUCAACGUCUGAUGCUAAAAUCAACUUUGAAGACAUGCCUUUAUGUCUGUAGUAUACAGUUCCAGCCAGUUUAAUAAUUAUUAUCCAAAUAUCAUUACUGUCUGCAGUCUAGAGAUCGUACGGUGCCGAUGGAACAUACAUGUAUAAGAAAAAUAUUCUCUAUUUAGCAUCCUAGUAGCGUGCUACACAAUAUAAAAAUGGUUCGAAUGCCACAGUGUGCUAUUGGAUAUAUCUAGUUACCUUUUCUCGUAUGAGAUGCUAAGAUUAACUUGUUCCACAAUUCACACAAGCGCUUAUGACUUUCCUUUGCUUCAGUAACAAACAGGAGUAACAUGUGGCUAUUUUUUAGUUGGCGCUAGACUGGUCUAGAAACCGAGGCGAGGUACCGUACGUAUCAACACCGUAUAUAAACAGUUCUGUACCGUAUGAUCUAGACUAAAAAGCUACUUGUUACUCCUGUUUGUCACGGAAGCACAACAGAGGUCGGAAACGCUAGCUUCAUAGGAAAUGCGAGUAGAACAAAUUAAACACUCAUUUAAUUGACAUUGGGCUAUAGCAGGGUGUUAUCAAUCUGUUGUUUCUAACUCAUGACUCAUCACCGUGAGUCCCGAACUCGAAGGCAACUCGCAUCGGCUGUCAAACUUCGACUUCUUGCCAAAUAUGGAUAAACAAUGCGAACGUCGACAUGCAGUAUUCGAUAGAGAGGUGGACUUACGUCGUUGCUAAUUGAUAUGAUCCGGUAACAAAUCUGUUAGAGUAAGAUAACGUUUUUUAGUGGCCGUGGGUGCAGUCACAAAGUGUUGGAAUUGUUGUGGCUGUCAUAGAGUUGUCGACGGCAUGUGUACAUACACUCCCCAAGUUUUCGUUGUACGCCCUUGAUUUCAUCAAUACGAUUCCUCCGUGUUUAUAGAAGAUAAUUUUAUUUUGUUACCUUGACUUACUCGGUACCGACUCAGAGAGGUCGCUAGUACGGCGUUACUAUAUACUCCACCAAGUAUGGUCAAACGAUGAGUACCGUUACUACACAAGAUACACGAAAUGAUGUCAUACACAAUGACAUCAUACAGGAAGUGCCAGACUUCCAAUGUUAUAUAAAUGAAGCAAAGUCUAACUUCUUUUAUCUACAACUGUGAGACAAGAGAAGCAACAUGGUCAAGUUCUGUCUUUUGGUUUGCUUUCUUCUCUUUGGCGUUGAACUCGUCAUGUCCAUAGCAGAGGAAAAGACUGAUGGUUGUGCUGGAGUUCCCGGUAUUCCUGGUUUGCAAGGCGCUCCCGGACGAGACGGUAGAGACGGAGCUAAAGGAGACAAAGGAGAAACAGGGAGAGGAGAAAACGGAGAGACAAGAGACGUUGCAAUAAUGGGGGAGAAGGGAGAGGCGGGGCCACAAGGUUCUGUCGGUCCCAAAGGAAACAGCGGGAAAGUGGGAGCACGUGGGGUAAUGGGAGCAAAAGGAAUGAAAGGAGUCGAUGGAUCUAAAGGAUCGAAAGGAGACCAAGGAGCAGCAGUUAAAGUCAACUGGAAACAAUGCGUGUGGGACAGAGCAGACAGCAAAGACACCGGAGUUAUUAAGGAGUGCAGAUUUACAAAACGAUCUGGAAAUUCUGCACUGCGUGUAGCGUACGCUGGAAACUUGAGAGUUCACUGUGGUAGUCACUCUUUCUGUUGUUCUCGCUGGUAUUUUACAUUCAAUGGAGGUGAAUGUUCUGGUCCCAUGACCAUUGAGGGUCUUGUAUACUCUAACAGAAAGGGAGACGAUGUUCAUCGUCACAGGCAGAUUGAGGGCUACUGCGAGAACAUACCAGCAGGUCAGAUUAAAGUUGCAUUUCACGUUGGAAAGUGCGCUAGAUGGUCCAGUAGGAUACACGACGCUCACACAGGAUGGGACUCUACAUCUCGGAUAAUUAUCGAAGAGACUCCGCCUGCACAGCAAGAGUAAGACUUGAUCGCACAACAGACUUCAAGAGUCAAAAGAGUACUAGAAACUGCCAGAACGCGUAUAUAUAGCACAUGUAUUGAUAAAUAGCGCAAAAAUGACUUACCGUAGCUGUUUCAAUUUGUAUACGCGUAAAACAGCAAAACAGCUGCAAAUCGUGUUAGUAGUCGUUGUACUUUUAUAAAAAAUACUGUACUGCAUUUUUUGUUGUUUCCGCAUUAUAAAAAUAAAUUGCAGCUUCAUUAAU